AUGACUGACGUUGGGGAGGAGCAACUGACGGAGGAAAAAGGCGCAAAUUACGACUUUACGGAUGAGAGUAUGAGCGUGGGUCCCUUUGACCCCUGGAAUGUGGAACUGGGAGACGGACAUUUGGACGUGCUGCAUGAGCGCUGUCAGGAACUAGCCGUCCCGCAUCAGCUCAAACUAGACAUUCAUCAGAUUCUGCAAAGCGAUGAUCCAGAGCGAUUGCGCGAUUUGCUAACAUUUCUCACGUCUACAGUACCGGACCUCUCGCACAACGACCAAGAACGGAUAGCAAUAACGGAUAUUAAGGAUGCCACCAACAUUGAUGUCAUCCAGCUGCAACAGCAGCAUCAUUUCGAACCAUGUAUCUUGCAACAGUGGCGAACUCUCCGCCACGAGAAUGAUCUGCAUCAGCCAGAGAAUAACCGGGGAGCACAGGAAAAACAACAAGAUAUUGUGACCUGGAGUCACGGUUGCCACGGUGUCCGUGACGCGAGACCAGAUCAAAGCAAGGAACACGAAAUUAGUGGUCAGUCACAGCUAGUCGUUCAUGUUCCACAAACGCCCAAUCGUUUCAAGCCAAACAAACGGGCACGUCCAACUACACCGGACGGAACGGAGAGGCAGAAGGGUCAAACCAAAAAUAAGCACACCGCACUAGUGCUCAAGAAAGGGAAGGGCAAUGCGGGAGGCAAGGCAGCGCUAACUCGCCCGGAGAUUCCUAUGCUUACGAAUGGACCCUGGCAGGACAUGUGGCAAUCCUGGAGCGAGACGUGGCAUUCAGCUUCUGGGGUACAGUUUCCAACGCUCGACAGCAGCAAUGAGCAGUGGCGCCGUGCAGUGCUUGCAGAACCGAUCAAGCUGAUGCAGCUGCUCCAGCACUUUCCCUUCCAGCAUAACCUCCUCAAUGCCCUAAGCGACGAGGUCUUACUAGCCUGGAUGGCUGCGUGGAGACAGGACUGCAUGUAUCAGGGGCUCAUGGAGUAUCGAAAUCGGACAACUGACCACCCAACACAAGUGUGGCUCGACGACUGGAAAGCACGAACGACUAGCCUAUCAGGUAGUGCACUUUUAGCGCCGCUGAUCGACAACAGGGAUGACUGGGACAAAUUACGGGAACGCGGGUAUGGCAGUGACGACCUCUUACGCCGCUAUAUCAAAGCCUUGACAGGAAAACCGGCUGAGGCGGAUGAAGCGGUACCUGACAGGAUCAGGCGCCAUUUAGAGGCAAGCCGGUCGCACGGUGAUUAUCGACGAGCCUUCCAGGACGCCUCUACCUUGCAGGAUUGGAGCGUGCUUCACGCAUUUUUCGCGACAUCCCUCGCACACGAGUCCGUCCAACGGACUCUUCAAUACUGA